AAACGGACGGUGGGAGGCUAUCGAUAUGGCCUUCUCUUUACUCUUCGGCGGCUGUCUUGAACCAACAGACGUUGACAGCCUCAGUCGAGCUCAGACCCAAAACAUCCUAUAUUCUACAUUCCUCAGACACAUUCAAGUAUCAACAUCGCAAUCUCCAGCGUCCACUGUCAGAUGCAAGCCAUCCGCCCGUCAACCGUCAACCAAGACAAUCCAAUUCGCCCUGCGGCGUGCAUAUGCACCUCGGCCCCAUAGUCAUCAUCCUGGUCCAUCGCAUGCAAUGACGCCCGCACAUACAUUUCAUUGUUCUUGAGCUCAGAACUUUUGUUGAUUCUGCACAGCUCACCUUCAGUCGCUCGUUACUAUACCAACUGCCCUUCGUACACCUGGACUCAAACGUCCUUUAAACAGUGUCCGCGAUUUCGUCAUCGCUCGUCCGCCAUAACUUGCAGCCGAAUUCUGCUGGCUGAAUCAUCAUCGACAAUGCGAUAGCAAUGUCCUCGUCCCCUUCGUCGGUGAAGCAGAGAUCGCCGAAGCGGACCUCUCCCAAGAGAACCCCUCUCCAGGAGCGGACGCAAUCCCAGGCCAACGAGCUCUCGUCGCGGUUAAGCAAAGAUGCUAGGUCCGAUCAGGAGAACACAAGCAUAUAUACAACCACACCAUUUCCCACCAAACCAGCUCACGUUCUCCUUCCGAGCUCGAUCAAGAGGAAGAAAAGCGCACCUGGCACGGCCGCCGAGGUCUUUGGAUUUCCUUUCGAUAUCGAGACGGGAAGGAGGAAUGAAGGGCAACGGACUCUCCGAGGAGGCGCACAGCCUACUGUCAGGUUAAAACGAUCGGUCAAGGCACUAAGGGAUCUUUAUGAAGCCCAAGCGGACGACACUUCUCGUCCUUCUACAGCUACGUCGCCUCCGCUUCGACCGAGCACGGCAAGCUCUGCGCGAUUGAGAAGCAUCAGCUCAAGUGAAAGCCUGUCUGGGGCAUUCUCCUGGGAAUCUUUUCGCAAGGUCUCUUCCGAUGAUCUGGCAUUGCUACCGACCUUGACCUCAGGAAACCAUGCGCCGAGGAGGCUUUCCCCUAGGACAUCCUUCACAUCAAUCGCGGAGAGAUUCGCAGCUACAUCAAGUCCGAACUAUCAAGUCUUGGGUGUCACUUCAAGCCCCAGAGCUCUAACUCUUCACGAGUUCGUCACUGUCGCGCAUGACCAGUUCGAGGAAGACCCAAGUUCCAGCAUUGUCCAAGACAGCUCUUCCAGUCCGAAUAUCGUUCGUCUUGCACAUACCUCUAGUACAGAACAGUUUCAACCAGCCGAUGUAUCGUCAAGUCCAAAUGUCAUCAAAUUGGGCACAUCAUCGCCGUUUGCCAGUCGACCUGGAGCUGCAGCCUUUUCGAGUAUCUCGCGAUCGUCUUCUAGCUCAUCGAGAAAGCGCAAACGAUCUGACACCAUUGGAAGUACACAGACAUUCGCAGCAAGAGCCGGCGCCAGAAAUCCUCUGGCCUCAAGUCCCCCCUUGGACCCAUACAUCCCAACCUCAGCCGCGGCCAGUAUCGUCUCCCCCGACAACCGGGGCUUCCCUUCUUCUGCACCCCAAAGCAUCCGCCACGUCGAAGACUCGCAAGAUGAAUCCAGUCCCGUUGUGCGCAGACUGGCGAGUAGUGACCUGCCCAGCUCCGAUGGAAGCUCUCUGGCGGACACGCACGCCAGUCUCCAGGCGGCUCUCAGCUCAAGUCCCCCUCGAAUCCAAUACCCAAUAGUCCGCGCGCCCCCUCGAAGCCAACAAGCAGGACUGCUGGUCCCCAAGCGCACGUCCCGAUCCAUGUCCACCGACGCCGCAGGACCCAGCUUCACGUCACGCCUAUCGGCGGUGCCCUCAGAAACCUCGCGGGGGAUCAAGACGCGGUCUGCAAGCGUAGCCUCGUCUGACCUCGAGCUGGACGUAGACGACUAUCUGCACUCGGAUGACCUCGCUCCGGCCUCGGCGUACAUCAUAAACGAGGACUACAAUCCAUCCCAGAUUCGGAUCGUUCGGGACCACGAGUCCGAAACCCACGAAGCGUCGGACGAAGUUUCAGCGCUCCCAUCGAGCGACGACGUCUACCGAUCACCACUAGCCCGCUCCGGCAGUGGCAGCUACAUCUACUCCCCCACCUCGUCGCAGCAAUCGCGACUUAAUUCCAUGAGAUCAUUUACGCAGUUACGACAUCAAAACAGUUUCCUUUCUCGGCCAUCCUCCUCAGCGAGCACCAGCACCGCCACCAAUGCCCUCCCGCUACCCACAUGGGCGAAGCGGUACUACUCCGGCUUCUACCGCGACUCGUUCCAGUACCUGUACCACAGCAACUCACACGUCAGCCUCCACAGCCUAGCCGUAUCGCCGACGCGAACAUCACGGCCACAAACGUCCAAGUCAAAUGGCAGCCCCAGCCGGCCGCGCAGCUUCCACCAGGCCAUGACCGAACGGGUCGAGGCACUCUUCAAAUCUCGAUCACGUCCAAGGCUGGAAGCCAGGAAAUCGCACACCCUCCCUGGCAUAGGACCCCUAGUAUCCAACCCGAUCCGAGAACCCGCAACAGCAGCGUUGGCAGACAGGCGGUCAUCGUACACUGUCCCACGCUCGCAGUCGCCGGCCAGCCAAAAUCACAGCCGUUCCAUCUCCGCGCCGCUGUCCCUCGUAGACCCUCGUGCCCACUGGGCUGGUGUUGUCGAAAUCCACGAGCGACCGCUCGGCAAUGGCCAAGGAUCAAGCUAUACGAUCCACCACCACCACUAUCGCCGAACGAGCAAUGGCUACACCUACAGCGUCAGCCCAUCCGAGAGUCAGUCCGUCAUAUACCAGCCGAGCGCCGCACAGCAGGGUACUACGCGCCACUGGUCCGAGUCACCUCAUCUGCAUCACGACCAGCGCCUGAAUACCGGUUCAAGUGUGUCGCGAGGAUUCGGGUUCCCAUUCAAUACCAGAUCACGCUGGACUGCACCGAGCAUCAUCACGCAGUCCAGCGGUUUCGUCGCGCGGACGGAUCUCCGAACCGCUCAAGUCGCUUGUUUCGCGGUGGGUUUCGUUGUCCCGUUGACGUGGUUCGUUGCUGCUUUUUUGCCGCUGCCGAAACGCCCGGCAUCCUACUACGAUUUGGAGAAGGAAGCCUAUGCCAAUGCUCACGCUCACGCCCAUGCUCAUGCUCAUGCGCAAGCGCAAGCGACCAACGGUCAGCAACGCACGUCCCAGCGGUAUUCUCAACCCGACGAAGGUCUGUCGGACUGGGAGCCGAUGGAUGUUCUGGCCAGACUGCGCACGGAACGACAUCUGGCGGGAAUGGCGGAGCUGAAAUUCCAAAAUGCCCGAUGGUGGCGGAACUUGAAUCGUUGGAUGUGUGCCGUCGGCGUGGUCGUCUGUGUGCUGAUCAUUGUCCUGGCAGUGUUGGGCACGAAGCGGAAUUGGUAGACCUUUCGAACUCGGUCGGAAAUGCCCUGACCAGCAGACACUGGCGCACUGAAUCAGCCCCGGGAAGGAAGACUCGAUCACCACUGGGAGCCACUUUGACAUAGCAUUUGUGAUAUUUGCGGGCAGUGUUCUGAGAUGUGUGGUGGCUAUGUUUCCUCGAUCUAUUCUGAUCUUUGCGGAGGCUCUUUUUUUGCUUCUUAUACCCUGACUCUGUCACUGUUAGCGGGCGUUGGUAUCUAUCAUCUCUCUCGACAUAUUUAUUUCCUGUAAUCCACGUAGCCUUCAUCCUUGGACGUUUGAUCCUUCGAGGGAUGGACGUUUGUUCGACCUUGAAACGGCCGAUGACCACAAUCUCUAAAUUGCAU